AUCUGAUUUUUCUUUUCCCUCCUGUGUUUCCUCGUUAGCCAUCGUCAGUGCUAGCCAACAAAACAACCGUCCCUCUGUCUAUGCUCCUCACAUAUCGCUCUACUUUCUCUUUCUCCUUUUCUUCAGGAGUUAAUAUAACUCCGCUAACAUAAUGGACGAGACGAGUCCGCUUGUCUCUCCGCUCCGGGACUCCGGUGAAUUCAGCUACUGUCCCACAGAGCCAACCAGCCCCCGGGGCGCGUUUGGAAGCACACCGGGCUCGGUGGUACGUAUCCCGGCUGGCAGUCCGGCUCUCAGUCGGGAGAGACAGCCGCUUCUGGACCGGGACCGUGGGAGCUCGCCGCGGGAACCGCACAGAAACGAGUUCCCGGAGGAUCCCGAGUUCAGAGAGAUCAUCCGAAAGGCCGAGAGGGCCAUAGAAGAGGGGAUCUACCCGGAGAGGAUUUACCAGGGGUCCAGUGGGAGCUAUUUUGUCAAAGACUCACAGGGGAAAAUCAUUGGCGUGUUCAAACCUAAGAAUGAAGAGCCUUACGGCCAGCUUAACCCAAAGUGGACUAAGUGGCUUCAGAAACUUUGUUGCCCCUGCUGUUUUGGCCGUGACUGCUUGGUCUUGAACCAGGGUUACCUCUCAGAGGCCGGGGCCAGCCUGGUCGAUCAGAAACUGGAGCUCAACAUCGUUCCCAGGACCAAGGUGGUCUUCCUGGCAAGUGAAACAUUCAACUACAGUGCCAUAGACCGUGUAAAGUCACGAGGAAAGAGGCUAGCCCUGGAGAAGGUACCUAAAGUGGGUCAGCGCUUUCACAGGAUCGGACUGCCACCAAAGGUCGGUUCCUUUCAGCUCUUCGUUGACGGGUACAAAGAUGCAGAUUUCUGGCUGCGAAAGUUUGAAGCUGAGCCUUUACCUGAAAACACCAAUCGUCAACUUCAGCUGCAGUUUGAGCGACUCGUCGUCCUUGAUUACAUCAUCAGAAACACAGACCGGGGGAAUGACAACUGGUUGCUGAAGUACGACUGCCCCAUGGACCCAGUGGGGAACAGGGACACAGACUGGGUGGUAGUGAAGGAUCCCAUCAUCAAGCUGGCAGCUAUUGACAAUGGUCUUGCUUUUCCUCUCAAACACCCUGAUUCCUGGAGAGCCUAUCCAUUCUACUGGGCAUGGCUUUCCCAGGCCAAAGUUCCCUUCUCCCAGGAAAUCCGAGAGCUGGUCCUGCCCAAACUCUCCGACCCAAACUUCAUCAAAGACCUGGAGGAGGACUUGUACGAAUUAUUCAAGAAGGAUCCUGGUUUCGACAGAGGACAGUUCCACAAACAAGUAGCCGUAAUGAGGGGUCAGAUCCUGAACUUGUGCCAAGCCCUGAAGGACGCUAAAACCCCCCUGCAGUUGGUCCAGAUGCCCCCAGUUAUCGUGGAAACAGCCAGAGCACCUCAGAGAGCCAACAGCGAGUCUUACACACAGAGUUUCCAGAGCAGAAGACCCUUCUUCACCUGGUGGUAGGAGGAGAAACAGCAGGAAGCGGGAGCAAGGAAAGAAGCGAGGAGAGACAGUGUGAAGAGGAAAAGAGGACAGAACCUUGAGCUGUGGUGACUGUCUUUGAAAUGGAAACUAAUCACCCGUCCCUUUUUGGAUAUUCUGGCUCCAGAGAUUGAGUGAAUGGGUGGAGAGAUGAGGCCAAAAGAGGAAGAAUUUCACAACAUAUCUUCUCUGUUUGCCUCUGUGCCUUGGGUGGAUGUCAAUAAAAAGGAAAUGCCUGAAUGACGAAGACUAUGAACCUUCCUGAGAGAAAGAGAGAGAGAGAUUUCAGUGGGAGGUCAGACUUUUCUUUCAGACUCCCGGAUGCACGUAAUGUUUGCUCACACAAAAGUCUCCCAAACUUUGUGAAUGGGAAAUGUUUGCAUUCCAUGUUUUUUUGUUUCUUCAUACCUCUCUGCCUUUUAACAUUUGCCUGCAUAUUCCCUCCUGUGCAGCUGAAAGCUUUGGUCUGGUAAAAGCAGCUGUACCACUACUGAGGAUCAGUAUUUAAAAAAUAAGAGAAGUGUUCACUGUGGUUAGGUUUUGAGGAUAAGGGUACUGGUGGACUUCAUGAAUGCUGGAACUGUGAACUAGUUUCACAGUUUCUCACUGCUCCUCCUAACAGUUUAGAUUAGGAUCUAAAAGUUCACGGGUGAUGUUGGAGAGUAGAGGCACGCUCACUUAAAAGAAACAAGCUGUUUGUUCAACUGAGAGAAGUUGCUCUCUCUUUUUAUUCCCCCCUCCUUUAUUGAAUGAAACACAGUCGAAGAAAACCAUUUUAUCCAAAGGUAAGGAAAGGAGGGGUCUGAGGUCCCCAGCCCACACUCCUGUUUUUCACAGAACUGUUGAUUUUGUUAAUUUCCAGCUCCUGGAGUGGACUGACGUAAGCAACAGUAACUUCCUGCUGUACCAAACUGACAUGAAAUGUAUUGUGGCAAUGCACUGUAUAAUUUGUAUGUAAUAUUUAAUGAUAGAUUAUAAUUAAAACAUAUUCCAUUAAUACAGAAUACUUGUGUAUCUUAGAAUGAGCAAAGUUUACAGUCAAACAGUCACACUUGAAGCUCCUCUCAGGAACCUUUGGUAUCCUCACUGGACAAAGCAGUACCUGCUACCUCUUUGCAGAUCUCAUUUGUCAUUUUCUGCAGAAAAAUCUCCUGCUUCCUCUUACAAUAAACCUAGGUCAGACUGCACAACUUU